GCCUUGCCACGAUGGAUGGACCUUCGCCGACCUAACAAUGGGCCAAUAAAUAUCGUGUCUAAUGCAAAACGAGCGAGUAAAGCAGAGGAUUAUUUCCUCCACCUUAAAGAUGAGCCGUUUCCCAGCUUAACCGAACUGAACAGUCCCGCUGCUCCGUGUUGCUCUAUCAGUCCCGCCAUGGAAGCCACUCUUCUCAGCUCGCAACGCUUCCAUCCCAAACUCUCGCCCGUAAAAUCUCGAGGUGCAGUUUCAGGCUGUGAAAUUCAAAUUUGUUGUUUGCCAAUUGUUAGGAAUAGUUGCUAUGUUUCCCUUAGGACAAACCCUAGAAAUUUCAUGUUGCCAAACAGGCCCUUAUUGUCCAGAGUGAACAGAAGAGUCUCCGCUAAGUUUUCGAACCAGUUCCUAAAUGAUUAUACAAAUGUUGAGGCUACGCCUCCAGAGUCUCUAAAGGUUGAAGUUAAUCCGUUGAGUGGGAGUGACGGGACGGAAAUUUCGAAACAGAACAAGGUUGAGAAUGUAAAGGAUGAGCAGGCCAGACCUAUGACGUUUAGAAACCGGUUUUUGAAUUUCGUGCGCCUGAGUUCAGUGGUUAGUAAUGCUGCUGAGUCGUUCUUCAAGAGCGAGAUUAGGAGGAGGCUGUUUGUAACAGCUGUGCUAAUUGUGAUCAGUCGUGUUGGUUUUAUCCCUCUGCCUGGAUUUGAUAGAAGGUUGAUCCCUCAAGAUUACCUAAGCUUUGUAUCGGGAUCUGUUGAUGAACUUGGCGAUUUUGCAGCAGAGCUUAAAAUGUCUUUCUUUCAGCUUGGAAUCAGUCCUCAAAUCAUAGCAUCGAUCAUAAUGCAGGUACUAUGUCAUGUUGUUCCCUCCCUGGUAAAGCUGCGGAAGGAAGGCUUAGAUGGUCAUGAGAAGAUUAAGAGUUAUAUAUGGUGGCUAUCUUUUGGCUUUGCAAUAGUGGAAGCUAUCAUACUUGCUUGUUAUUCGCUUCCAUAUUCAAUCUAUGCGGCUAGCUACAGGGUCAAGCAUGUGAUGGUGACAAGUAUGUUAUUGGUCUGUGGAGCGAUGACAAUGACGUGGAUUUGUGAUACCAUCUCAGAAUCUGGAUUUGGUCAAGGUUCAUCUCUAAUUAUUUGUGUACAAAUAUUGACUGGCUACACAGAGACGUUAUACAAAAUGCUGUCUCAGCUCUCAGGAAGUUCUGUUAGUUGGGGGCCUUACUUAUUUGCAGUAUUGGGCGUUUUCACUAUAGUCACUAUGUGGGCAGUUGUGGUGACCGAAGGGUGCAGGAAGAUAAAGCUGCAGUACUAUGGUUUUAAGCUUGCUUCUGCUGUAAGAGAUGACUCACCUAUUACCGAAGUGGAGCCCUAUAUCCCUUUUACCAUUAACCCUUCAGGAAUGCAGCCUGUUCUCACCACUACUUAUCUCUUGGCCUUUCCCAGCAUUCUUGCAAGUAUUCUUGGUUCACCUUUCUGGGAGCAUGUUAAGGAGAUAUUGAACCCCGAAAAUACCAUUGGGGCAGGGCCCUGGGUGUACUAUUCAGUAUAUGCAUUUUUUGUGUUCUUAUUCAAUAUAUUUGACAUUGCCAACUUGCCCAAGGAAAUUGCUGAUUACUUAAAUAAGAUGGGUGCCAGGAUACCAAACAUAAAACCUGGGAAGGCUACAAUUGAGUACCUCACAAAGAUUCAGGCAUCGACACGUUUCUGGGGGGGGCUAUUGUUAAGUAUCUUGGCAACAACAUCAAGCAUAAUCGACCAUUAUUUACGCAAUAUCAAUGCAGGGUUUGCAAUCGGGUUGACAUCAGUCCUCAUAAUAGUGGGUUCUAUUAUUGAACUUAGAAGAUCAUAUCAGGCAUAUAAUGUAAUGCCGAGUUUAAGCAAAGCCUUAAGCCGGUAUGGUGUAUAACUCCCAAAUAGGCUGUGCCUUCUCGUCUUCAGCGUUGGAAUCCUUGGACUGAUGAAACACCUCCAGCAGAAACCAGAAAUGGUUAUCGGCAUCACAAUAUGGUGUAAGUGGUACGUAGUCCUGGCUUAGAGUAGCAUCUAAUGCUUCAUUCCUUCGCUACGAAGCGAAGACUUAUAGCCGGCAUGGUUUCUGCAUCAAAUGGAAAUGCGUCGAUGGCGGUUUAGUUGAGUGCACUGUAGACCAGUACCGGUUUGUAUCGCUGAUAUAAGAUACCCCAUGUUUUGUAUAUAUAGACACUGGUUUGUAUCUUGUGAUGUUCUUCUGUGUCGAAUGGUAACUAGGUUCUUUUUCUCCCAUCA